AUGUCCGAGCUCGCUUUCGCUAAAUCCUUCCUCUCCUCGCUGGACUUGCGUCCCAUCAAGAUCCGUGCUGAUCAUGUCUUUGACCCGGAACAAGUUGGCCUGCGUGUGCCGUACACCCUCCCCCGCUUGCAAGCCCCGCACCCGGAGAUGCCCAAGAAAACAAAGCAGGCACAGGCACCCGGAGCUUCGAAAUCGGUCAAUAUCAAAGUCAAGUCGGCCCGCAAUCCAGCCCUUGAAUUCUCUCUCACCAAUGCGCCCAUCACAACUACCACCGUCUCAGAUCUGAAGGAUGCCGUCCGGGAACGUGUCGUCGAUGCACAAGGCAACCCGGUAGCACUGGAUAAGAUCAAGAUCCUAUAUCGCCGCAAGCCCGUACCAGGAACAGGAAAGACAGUGGCUGAGGUCUUGUCUGAUGAGCCCGAGAUGUUGACUGGGGGCAAAGAGGUCGAAUUCGGUGUAAUGAUUAUCGGGGGCGCCCAGGCCGUCGAGGCUGCCGAGUCUCAGCCAGAAGUUGCCCAGGAACAAGACGUACCCAAGCCCGCAGUGGGGCCCAGUGGUACUGAAGUAUUGAAGACGGAGGCGUUCUGGGAGGAUUUGCAGGGAUUCAUGGAGCAGCGGUUGAAGGAUGCGGAUGAGGCGAAGCGUUUAGCAGUGCUCUUCAAGAAUGCGUGGAGCUCAGGCCAAUAG